AUGGCGAACACGCAAACCAUCAUAACUUUCGUCGGUAUUUUGACGAUCGGUAUUACCGUCGUCAAGAUAGCGGACUGGAUUGCCAUCUACACACUUCCUUCGAGACUUGGUCGUUAUGCGCACAAUUCGUCGAACGGCGAUGCGCCCUGGGCCCUUGUGACGGGUGCUUCAGACGGCAUUGGUCGGUUCAACGUCGUACUUCACGGGCGGAAUCAUGCCAAGCUCUCUGCUGACGCGUCUGAUUUGCGAAUAAAAUGUCCAGAAAGCUCAUUCCGCAUACUGGUGGCGUGGCAGACGCGACGGCCAUCUCAAACCGGAGAUUCAUCGCAAGCUCCUUUGGAUUUUGAGUCGAUCCAAGCAGAGCUUCGCGAGUUACACCUGACCGUAGUCGUCAACAACGCGGGAGGCGGCCCGACCAAUCCGGUUUUCUCGCCUCUCAUCGAAUGCUCGAUGGACCGGAUCAACAGCAAUGUCAGCCUGAAUGCGCGUUUUCCACUACAUCUAACACGAGUGCUGCUACCGACUCUCCAGCAAAACGCGCCGUCCAUGGUUAUGAACAUCAGCUCCAUGGCAGACCAAGGAUUUCCUCUACUGGUAGCAUACAGCGCUAGCAAGCAGUUCCUCAUGAAUAUGACGCGUGCUGUGGGUCUGGAGUUCAAACUUGACGAUGCGGCCAACAGCGUUGAAAUGCUAGGCGUCAGAGUCGGCAGAGUCACAGAUGUUUCGCAUUUGAAGGAGGCCCCAUCGCUGUUUACACCCGAUUUUCAGACUAUGGCCCGAGCCGCCUUGGCACGGAGCGGUCAUGGGCAUGGAAUAGUUGUUAGAUACUGGGGCCACGCGCUACAACAAGCCGCAUCCAGCUUUUUGCCGAGAGCAGGAGAGUUGAGAAUACGAUGA